AUGGGAUCCAACAGUAUCAAGCUUUUGUCGGGAAACUCACAUCCAGAGUUGGCUGAAAAAAUAGCUAAGACACUUGGUCUUUCAUUAUCGAAAAUCGGAGUCUACCAGUAUUCCAAUAAGGAAACCUCUGUAACUAUCGGAGAGAGUAUCCGGGAUGAAGACGUUUACAUCAUUCAGACCGGAAGUGGACAACAAGAAAUAAACGAUUUCUUGAUGGAAUUGUUGAUUUUGAUUCAUGCCUGCAAGACCGCAUCGGCGAGGAGGAUCACAGCUGUCAUCCCAAAUUUCCCGUACGCACGCCAGGAUAAAAAGGAUAAAAGCCGUGCUCCAAUAACGGCGAAACUGAUCGCAAAUUUGCUGGAAACUGCCGGCUGUGACCACGUCAUAACCAUGGACCUUCAUGCCUCUCAAAUUCAGGGUUUUUUCCAUAUACCUGUCGACAACCUUUACGCUGAGCCUAGUGUUCUCAACUACAUCAGAACUAAAACGGAUAUCCAGAACGCCAUUCUUGUUUCGCCCGAUGCUGGUGGGGCCAAAAGAGUAGCUUCCAUUGCUGAUAAGUUAGACCUGAAUUUCGCACUGAUACACAAGGAAAGACAAAAGGCUAACGAGGUUUCUCGAAUGGUCCUUGUCGGAGACGUGAGAGGUAAAUCCUGUCUCUUGGUAGACGAUAUGGCCGACACUUGCGGUACUUUAGUAAAAGCAUGCGACACGCUAUUCGAAAAUGGGGCCAAAGAAGUGAUUGCUGUAGUGACUCACGGUAUCUUCUCUGGAUCCGCAAAGGAGAAACUGCGCAACAGUAGAAUUUCAAGAAUGGUAUGUACCAAUUCCCUUCCUGUGGAUCUUGAGCUAGAUAUUUGUGACCAAAUUGACAUCAGCCCAACAUUGGCGGAGGCAAUUCGCAGAUUGCACAACGGUGAAAGUGUUUCCUAUCUUUUUACGCAUGCCCCAGCCUAA